GCUCAUUUGUGAAUUUCCCCCGCAUCAAUCAAUCGACCAUGUCGGCCAUCGUGACAGCGCCCCACACGUUCACUACGUCGUGGAACACGUCUACUCCCAUCGAAGGCGUGCUGCUCCAGUUCCCAGGACGGGUGUUCAUCAACCAAAACCCAUCGCUCAAAGCCGCGGCGCGCGUCGUCAUUUCCUCUGACUCGCAAGCAGUUGUGGACCUGUUUGCAUUCAAUGCGACGAAAGCUGUCGGCGACAGCAUCAACGCCGGGUGCAACCGGCGCUACGCCAUCGACCGCGCCAACCAAACGUACUUGGACGUGUCAGUCGCGUCGGCUGUCAACGCGCACGCCGCGGGCUCGCUCUUGGUGCUUAUCACGGUUCAAAAGCCCGUCUCGUGGGUCAAGUCCACGGCGGACACGGUCGUAGUUAGCGGCGCCUUGGUCAACGGACCUUCGAAGUUCGUUUCCAUCACGUCGUUGGGCGCGGGCAACAUCACAACGACUGCCAAGUACCCUGUGACGCUGUCCAACCUGACGUUGUCGACCACAGGCACCGGCAAAGUGCAGUUUGCAGCUACGACGACCUUCAACACGACAGCGGGCGUGUCACUGGUCAUUGCUGGCCCUGGCUCGGUGGCCCUUCAAGCCGGCCGCACGCUCAACAUUCCCAACCUCACGACCACCGUCACGGGCAGCGGGUCUGUGUUUGUCACGACGAAUGGCACGCUCACAGCGCAAAACAUCAAAACGUACUUGUUUGGCAGCGGCAACGUCAGCUACUACCCCGCUCGUGGCUCGACAGUCAACAACACGAUCAACCUGUUCAAGUCGGGCCACGUGUACACUGGCUCGGUGCUGGCCCAAAACGCGACUGUGGCCGUGUCGGGGGCGGGCGGGGUCGUCGUGCAAGUGAACGACACGCUCACGACGUCGAUCGACGGUGCGGGCUCGGUGGCGUACUACAACAAGACGGUGAACCCGGUGCACGUGUCCAAGCCCAAGGGCUGGUGGGUCUUUACCAGCUCCAGCGCCGUGGCCACCACCAACAACACGUUCAACGUGUACAAGUCAGUUGCGGAACCGGCCAAGGUCCCGUUGAAUGUCACGAUCGACCUCAACCAGACGCUGUUCAGCCGCUGCUUUGUGCAACGCUUUGAAACUGCUGUCGACACCACGGCGCUGUCGAGUACGAUCUCGUCCCCCCAAGACGUCGCGUCCGUCGCUUGUGUAGCGCUCGCAUUGUUGGCGUUGGUCGUGCUCGCUAUUUUCAAGGGCAAGCUGCGCACGAAAGGCUACACUGCUUUGCCCAAGUAGGUAGUGCUAACGUUGUUGUACUCGUAAAUUGAAUAUUCAGGCAGUAUGCUCGCAUACUGUACAGUGUGUGCGUAUCAUACUCGGUCUUACACAGCACCCA